AUGGACAAAUUCUUUGAAGAGGUUGAAGAGCCAGUGAGUCCUCAUGGACAAUAUUUCAAUAGCUCUGUGAUGUGUUCAUAUAUCUUUGGUUUUCUAGAACUAGCUAUUUCAUUUGAUGACUCACUAGCUAUACCUUUGAUCAAAGAUGUUUUCAUCCCUAUCAAUCCACGUUUCUCCUCUAUUAUGGUUAGAGAUAAAGAUGGUAAGAUGAGAUGGAAAAAGGUUGAAGUGAACCCUGGAGAGCAUAUAAAGAUUCCUAGUUUUCCUCAAACCACAAAUUCGUCGCCAAAUGAAUUAUAUGACAGUUAUCUUAGUGACUACGUAAUCGGCAUUUUCGAUGAAAGGACACCACAAGAAAAACCACUAUGGGAAAUUCAUGUGAUCAACUAUCCAACAACCAAUGCUGCAAGCACCAUAAUAUUCAAACUUCAUCAUGCACUUGGCGAUGGUUACUCUAUAAUGGCUGCUCUUCUUUCUUGUCUUCAGAGAGCUGAUGAUCCUUCUCUUCCUCUCACUUUUCCUUCAUCACGAUCACGAUUAGAUUCAAAAUCGGCAAACAAGAGCUUAUUUAAGAAUCAAUAUUUAGAUAUAUCAUCCAUCUUUAGCUCUAUAUCAGAUUUUGGAUCAAGUAUAAUCAAGACAAGAAUGGUUCCGGAUGACAUAACACCUAUAAGAUCAGGAUACGAAGGAAUUGAUUCUCAGCCUGUUAUCUUGUCAAACAUAUCAUUAUCUCUUGAAGAAAUCAAAGAAAUUAAAUCAAAACUUGGAGUAACUAUAAACGACGUGAUUUGUGGGAUGAUCUUCUAUGGACUUAGGCUAUACAUGGAAGAGAUGAAUGAAAAGACAAAGAGAACAAAUUGCACGGCAAUUGUAAUGCUCAACACAAGAAAUAAUGGAGGUUAUCAAUCAUUGAAGGAAAUGCAAAAACCAGAGAAUAAAGGUCUUUGGGGGAAUAAACUAUCUUUCUUACAAAUACCAAUACCUAAACCAAAGGAAUCAGAAAUUUCUAACCCUCUCGAGUUUGUUUGGGAAGCUCGUGAAGUAAUUAAAAGGAAGAAAAUUUCUUUCAGUGUUUACCUUACAGGUUUGCUUAUGAAUUUGGAGAUGAAAUUAAGAGGACCUGAGGCAGUCUCUAAAAUAAUUUAUGACACUAUUGGGAACACGAGUGUCGUCAUCUCAAACAUGGUAGGGCCAAUGGAGAAAAUGACUUUGGCAAAUCAUCCAGUAAACGGAUUGUAUUUCACCAUGACCGGUGGACCUCAGGAUAUAAACAUUACAAUUAUGAGUUAUGUGAAAGUACUAAGAGUGACCAUGAAAACUCUAAAGGGAUUUAUAGAUGAAGAGAAACUAAAGUUCUGCAUGGAGAAAGCAUUUGAAAUCAUAUUUAAAGCAUCUAUGAAGAACUCUGAGAUAUCCCCCAAAGAUUAG